AUGAAGACUUUCGCUGCCACACUCGCUAUUGCGUCCAUCGUCGCCCGCGUCACUGCCCAGUCCAGUGCAGCAGCCGCGCUCGCAAACUUGCCAACUUGCGUUCAGUCGUGCUACCUGUCCGGUCUCUCCCAGACGACCUGCCAGAGCACAGACAUCGCAUGUCUCUGCAAGGAUAUGACCUUUUCGUCCGGUCUGGCUACUUGCUUCGCGUCUAGCUGUGAUGCUACCGAUGCCGCCGCGGGUGCUUCUUUCGGUGUCCAAUCGUGCGCUUCUGUCGGCAUCACCGUCACCACUAGCGCAGCUGCCGGUGCCGCCGCCGCAACAGGCACGGCAGCAUCCGCCGCUUCGUCUGCAGCCUCUUCGGCUUCCUCAGCAGCAAGCUCGCUCGUCUCGAGCAUCUCCUCCAGCUCUUCGUCCUCUUCAUCUGCCAUGAUGAGCGCUGCCAGCUCGGCCUCAACCGCCGCCGCUACCUCUGCCACCUCGGCUGCUUCGGCGGCCUCGUCUCCCUCGGCAGCCUCUUCUUCAAGCACCAGCGGAGCCAACAGCCUCACUGCUGCAGUCGGCUCGAUCUUCAUGGCCGCCUUUGCCGUCGUUGCUCUGUAA